CGUGUUUGAAAGCGAGCGGUUGGUGCUGUGUCCAUGCAAAUUUUGAAAUUCACAAAUGCAGCUGAAAUGCAUCGCAUUAAUUUGCUAUUUUUAGUCAUUUUGAUGCAAAAUCUUCGCUCAACACAGCAAAAUCAGGAUAAAACCCAAGGUAAUCAUGCUAUAAAGCGAACAGAUGGUGGUGUGUCUUACGCAAAUUUUGAGGUUCACAAAUUUCAUCAUCUACAAGUAUCUCCGCUAGCCUUUCCCCAUGAAGUGCUUCAAGCUAAAGAAUGCGCGUUUGCCUGUGUUACUCAACAAACGUGUUACUCGUUCAACAUUGGGCUGUCUCCAAAUCAGAAAGGAAAAUUUCUAUGCGAACUUUUAAGCGGAGACAAGUUUAGAAGCCCAACAAAUUUGACAUCUUCGCAACAGUUUGACCAUUACAGCAUUGAGUCGCCGUGCUCAAGUCAUCCAUGCAAAAACAACGGUACAUGUAUCCCGAAUUACGAAGAGAAUACAUACAGUUGUAGUUGCACCCCUGGCCAUAGGGGUCGUUAUUGUGGCAAAGUCUGUUCAGCACCUUUAGGAAUGGAAGACUACAUAAUUACACCUACGCAGAUUUCGGCUUCGUCUCAAUACGACGGUAAUCAUGCACCAAACCAAGGAAGACUUCACUUCAAAAAAACCGGGUCGUGGAAAGGCAGUUGGUCCGCGCGCGGGAAUAACGUCCAUCAGUGGUUUCAAGUUGAUCUAAGAAUUGAGACAACCGUUACAUUUCUGGCAACACAAGGACGAAAUAUGUAUGAACAGUGGGUAACCAAGUAUAAACUGCAGUAUGGUAACGACGGAAGCACAUUUCGGGUAUUUAAGCAAGACGGGGAGAGCUCUGAUAAGGUGUUUGUUGGAAACAGUGACAGAGAUACUGUUGUGAAGAAUCCUGUGAUCUCACCCGUCAAGGCUCGAUAUAUCCGGUUGAUACCCACAGAAUGGCACAACCACAUCUCUAUGAGGAUAGAAUUAUACGGCUGUCUCGAAAACAUGCAAGCUCUUGGCAUGGAAAGUGGCUCCAUCGCUGACUCACAAAUUAUCGCUUCUUCGAUGUUCAACGUUUAUCACAAACCUGCGCGCGCACGACUCCAUACAAAAGAGCUUGGACUUUCGACAGGGACUGGUGGCUGGUCAAGUUUGACGAAUGAUUUAAACCAAUGGCUACAGGUCGAUCUCGGUAAAAUCACCAAUGUGACGUACAUUGCAACACAAGGAAGGAAUCAUUACUCGCCUUCACAGUGGGUGAAGAAAUACAAAAUCCAGUUCAGCGACGAAGGAGUCUCAUUUUUGUUUUACAAGAGACAAGGAGAUUCCUCCGACACGGUUUUCGAGGGCAAUUUCGACCGGGAUACCGUUGUUUAUCAUCUCCUGGAUCCACCUAUCACAGCGCGAUUCUUGCGGGUAAAGCCAACUCAGUGGCAAUACCACAUUUCCAUGAGGAUGGAGUUAUAUACUUUCCCAGGAGAAACUUAAGCCUUUCACUCACCUUUGCAAGCGGCUGGAGGUUUAAGGACGAGCAGUACCUUCCAGGAAUUUCAGUGAGCCACAACGCUAGCUCAGUUGGCAGAAUACAGCAGUUGUAGUUUCUACAGCACAUCUUUCCGGGAUGUUUAGUUGAACGAUUUGGCAUACUAAUGUCUUCUUUACAAAAGUAUUGUACAAUUCGUACAAGUGUGUCGAUCCCUUCCUGGACACGGUUGUACAUUAUUAAUUAAUUAUCAGGAAUUAGCAAAACAUGACGACAGUUGUUUGCGAUCGUUUCAGUACAUUUAGAAAAAAAUAGUAUAGAAGGACUUUUUAUGUAAAUUGAUGACAAUGAAGUAUUCUUCCAAAGAAGGCCAAAUUUUUUUUAUUGUCCCAUACGAAUCAGAACAUCUCUCGCGUUAACCUUAAUUAGUUAAGUCUAUACAAGCAAUGAUUGAAAUCAAAAAUUACUGUACAAUUUCUUGCCCAAAAAAUAUCCUUGAGCUGAUAUAACAGUCUUAUACUAACAUGGGAAGCUAGCCCCGAAGUUUCGAUCUAAUACAAAGUUCUCUGGGUCGAACUGUCGGCUAAAAAGCAAGCCCAUCCCGAGAAAAAAGUAUCCGUUAGCGAAAUACUUAAUGUCUCGUGAGUGACUGUAAAAGAAAAAAAAAACCAGACAACCAAACGAAAAAAAAAAAAAUAGCAAGUCUACUGGGUGGUAAAGGAAAGAAUGUUUAACAAGACCAACUCCCACCCCACCCCAUUCGUUUUCUUUCCUGAGCCACAAGAAGCUUGUCUCGAUCCUUGAACUGUUCUGUACGUUGAACAAAGUUAACAUUAAUUUUCUGAUAGUAAAAAGAAACGUUCUCUGGGAUUAGGAAGAAAAAACCAGAAGGAAAAGAGAAAGAAAAGGGAUGGAAAAGAUUUAGUCAGAUUGCAAACUGCAACUUAAGAAACAGUAGAUUAACGCGUUUGAAAGGAAACGACGUUUAGUUUACAACUCGCUGAAUUACUACCAAAAUAAGUGUUCUCCAAUGUUUGCAAACAGGAAAUUAAGCGUUCGUUUAUAAUUUAGUAGAUGGUCUAGUCUAACAACCUGUAAUAAUUUCGCAAUAACAAAAAUAGAUUGUAUUUUUUCUAGUUUAGAUUAAGAUGAGCAAUGAAGACUUCAAUCUCUUCUAUUUAAGACGAAAAGAAAUACCUAGGACCCAUUUUGUUCUUAAAGAAGAAAAUCGUAAUGCUGAAGUUAGUGGCUCCAACCCCCGAGCUUG